AUGUCUCUGAGCCGACCCAGCAACAACAGCAUGAACCAGGCGGAGCGCACCAUGACGCAACCCAACGCGCAGCAGAGCAACUUUGCCUCACUCGGCUGGGGACUCGUGCUGGGCGCCUCCCUGGGCGGCUACCUGGGCUACAAGGCGGGCCAGAGCGAAGAGUUCCGGACCAAGAUGGGCGAGUACCGGGAGGAGUGGGGCACGAGGGCAUCCGCGUGGUACGCCCAACAGAGCACGACGUGGGCCAAGCGCUAUCAGACCUGGAGCGAGAAGAACAGCGGCAUCGUCGAGGCCUGA